AUGUCUGAUGAAAUCAUUUGGCAAGUAAUUAACCACAGCUUUUGUUCAUAUAAGUUGAAAACCGACAAAGGGCAAAACUUUUGUAGAAAUGAAUAUAAUGUGACUGGGUUAUGUAAUAGACAAUCAUGUCCCUUGGCUAAUGCUAGAUAUGCAACCGUUAAAAAUGUAAAUGGAAGAUUAUAUUUAUAUAUGAAGACAGCAGAAAGGGCUCAUAUGCCAGCUAAAUGGUGGGAAAGAAUUAAGUUAUCUAAAAAUUAUCAAAAAGCUUUAAAACAGAUUGACGAACAUUUACUAUAUUGGAAUAAGUUUUUAAUCCAUAAAUGUAAGCAAAGAUUAACCAGACUAACCCAGGUAGCAAUUACGGAAAGAAGAUUAGCUUUGAGAGAAGAAGAGAGACACUAUGUUGGGGUGGCUCCUAAAGUCAAAAGGAGGGAAGAAAAUAGGGAAAGGAAAGCUUUGGCUGCCGCUAAGAUCGAAAAAGCCAUUGAGAAAGAAUUAUUGGACAGACUAAAGAGCGGUGCAUAUGGGGAUAAACCAUUAAAUGUUGAUGAAAAGAUCUGGAAAAAGGUUUUGGGCAAGGUUGAAACAGAAGAAGAUAUGGAAGAAGAUAUGGAAGAAGAUAUGGAAGAAGAAGAAGAAGAAGAAGAGGACAGUGAUGAAGGUGAAAUUGAGUAUGUUGAAGAUGAUGGUGAGGAUGAACUUAUGGAUGUAGAAGAUUUAGAAGAAUGGCUAGGUGAAGACAGUUCGAAUGAAUUUUCUAGCGAUGAUGAUGAUGAUGAUGAUGAUGAUGAUUCGGAAGACGACUCUGACGAUGAAGCAAGCAACAAAAAGCGGAGUAGUAACAAAAGCAAUGCUUCCAAAAAGAAACGUCCAAGAGUUGAAAUUGAAUACGAAGAAGAAGAAAUCCAACCAAAUGAAGAACAGUUAGCUUGA